AUGUGUGGCAUCUUCGUAAUUUAUUUGCGAAACAAAUGUACUAGUGGCAAACACGGCACGAAGUCCCGGUCGAGGUCGCGGUCUGGGGGCUCCGCUAGCAGCGCCAGUCGCGGCCAAGACAAAUUCCGCUGUGCAUAUUCUGAUCCCACAUACAAGAGAGCGACGUCCGCGCAAUGUCCGCAGCGAGACUAUUGUGUGUUCAAUGUGAACGUAGCUGCGGACGACUGUUGGAUCAAUGCCGCGGGCAACUAUGAUGAUGAUGUUGAAAGCAGUCAGCAACGCGCGGCUCAUAGCGAAGACAAUAAAGUAUUACUUGAGAGCCGAUACGUAGAUGACGAUGAGAGACUCACUCACGAGUACGAACACAUGCCAACUAUAAGCCAAACAAAAGCAUACCAACAAAACAAACCUUGCCUCUGCGCAAUCUGUAAACGAUAUCACGAAUUAUUUCACACCAACUCGGAUACACACGUUUCGUGAGAAUCAAAAAUAAGUUGUAUGCGCAUUAUCAUAAGAUACAAAAUGUAUAUUUGCCCCUUCGUAAGUACCUGUUACAAUAUUUAAUAUUGUUCGUAAAACUGCCGUAUUUAUUUAGGAUUAAAAUUUUAUUGUUGUAUUGUUUUUUUACGAAUUUUAUGUACCUAAGUGAAAUCAUGAAAUAAAACGAAACACAUAAUUUAAAUUUAUUUUUAUUAUGCCGAAAGUAAGGUAACUUAAAAAUUAUUAAAUAAUUAUCUAAUUGA